AUGACAUCAAAAAACGCUUUCAUCUCCUUCUCCUUCCUAAUCAUCUUCAUAAUUAGCUACCACUUCAGCACAACCGUAGCUCAAUCUCCGGCCCAAGCCCCGUCUCAGGAUCACCCGCCCUCUCAAACAACUACAUCCCCGGCUCAAGCGCCAACAACCGUCCCACUGGUCCAAGCCCCGCCGGCCAAAGCUCAGAGACGCACCGGACCCACCAACGCCACCGAAAUCCUCGAAAAAGCGGGCGGAUUCAGCGUCUUCAUCCGCCUCCUUCGAAGCACCGACGUCAUUACACAGAUCGAAAACAACCUCAACGCCUCCAACAGUGUCACCAUCUUGGCCCCGACCAACGGCGGAUUUUCGGCACUCAAGCCGGGAACUCUCAACACCCUCAGUCCCCAACAAAAGACUCAACUCAUUGGCUACCACGUCCUUCCCACCUUCAUUGCGCUCCAAAACUUCCAAACCCUAACGAAUCCAAUCCACACUCAAGCCAGCAACACCCGUGGCUUCCAACUCAACAUCACCACCGAUGGGUCCUCGGUCAACAUAUCAACCGGCGUCAUCAACACCACCAUUUCCGGGACGGUUUAUAGCGAUAAUCAGCUGGCUAUUUACCGUGUCGACAGCGUUCUACUCCCGAAAGCCAUUUUUGCUUCAAAGGAGAGUUCGCCGGCGCCUGCUCCGGGGCCGGUAGCAGUGAAGCCUAAGAAGGAGUCUUCAUCGUCAUCAUCUUCUUCUUCGACAACAUCAGCAUCAAGUAGUGGAUCACCAUCGUCGUCAUCGUCAUCAAAACCUUCAUCAGGGUCGGCAGCGGCGGCGGCGGCGGCGGCAGCGGAACCAGAAGGGCAAGUUGCCGAAUCGGAUACUUCUGGUGUCUUUAAGACUACCGGAAAUAGCGUGAUGUCUGUUGGACUUGCUCUGGUUACUGCAGUCUUCAUGUUGAGUCGGUUUAAUCAAUUUGCUUGA